AUGUCUUUACUAACCUCGGCUGCAAAUCUGAGAUGAAAUCACAUCACUCUACACCGCCAGCCACUGAUAUUAUCGCUUCUCCAAUUCAUUGGCGACGAGAUCCGCCAUUGACGAUCGAUCUCAAGCUCUCAAUCGAGCAACCGUCUCUACUAAAUCUCAACCUUUUCUGCAUUCUGGAAAUUAAUCGAUUUAGGCUUUCCGCAUUGCGUUGCAGUUAUCCGCGAUCAGCUCGUGAUAUUGAAUUAAUGAAGCUCAGUUUGUGAAGUAUUCGAUGAAGUGAUGAGAAAUGCAAAAUUUGGAUUAGACUCUAGCUAUCUUGCUUUCAUAGAUAUUGCAGAUGAUGAUAAUGCUUACCAAGUUUGAAUUAGCUUCUAAACUUGUGGUUUAUUUAAGAGUGUGAGUUGGAGGGUAUCGAGAGACAGCCCAAUGCAGAGGGAAAAACACAAGAUUCUGUUAACUGAUAUCUUGCCGAUCAUCCUGAACCAACUUCAGAUUCAAUCCAUCAUGAUAAUGAAGGAAUGCCCUUAAUUUAUUGGACGAGUUUGAGCCAUAUGUAUGUCUUCAAUUUACUGAGGUGUUAGUUAAACUGUAGAAUUCUUGAUCACGGAACAUUCCUCAUAUAUUCUUAACUGGAUGUAUUUAUGCUUUGAAUUUAGGUAUCAGUGUUUCGAAUGUAACAGUCAUUUCACCAAAUGAUUUGAUUACUUUGACAAAGAUAAGCUCUGUUUUAGUUAGAUUGUAUUCUAAAUCCCAGUUUAUUUGUAGAAUCUUAAAAUCCAGCUAAGCUUCCGGUCAGAAGCAAAAGGGUCCGGGAAAUCCCAGAUUCACUGAUUGCGGGAUGGCACUGCUUCCAUCAAAGGGAGUGGUGAUUUCCAUUCCCAGCCUAGUUCUAUCAGCUGCAGCUUUUGCAAUCCUCUUAUUCUUCUUGCUAUCAACCGGCUCACCCCCCUCUGCUCCUUGCUCUUGCUCCGCCCCAACUGUGGACUACAGCAGCAAGAUAGAUGGAGAGAGUGUUUCAACUUCAGCUGAGGACAUAGAUUGGUUGAAGAGUCAGGUCGAAGCCAAUGGAUUACAUAUGCAGCAGAACAUUCUACGCAAGGGCAUAAACCCCCGAACCCGUCAACAGCAGCUCCAGGAUCUUCUAAACUUUAAAGGCAUAUCUCACUAUGAAGGAGAAGAUGCUAACAACCAUACUGCCCUUCCUUGUCCGGGUGAGCUACUUGUAGAAGAACACCACAGCAACUACGGGGAGCCUUGGGCAGGUGGAAGGGAUGUAUUUGAAUUUCUUGCAGAAUCGACCCGCCUAACACCCAAUUCAAGAGUUCUUGAGAUCGGGUGUGGCACACUUCGUGUUGGCCUGCAUUUUAUACGGUACUUAGAUCCAGAGCAUUUCCACUGCCUAGAAAGGGACAAGCUCUCUCUAAUGGCUGCACUGCACUAUGAGCUUCCAUCACAAGGCUUGUUGUACAAGCGCCCUCUGAUUGUAAGAGGCGAAGACAUGGAUUUCAGUAAGUUUGGGUCUGAUACUGUGUAUGAUUUGAUAUAUGCCAGUGCUGUUUUCCUCCAUAUGCCCGACAAGCUCGUGUGGACUGGUCUGGAGAGGUUGGUUGGUCGGCUGAAGCCUCUAGAAGGCCGAAUCUUUGUCUCACAUAACGUCAAGUUCUGCUCUCGUCUGGGAGGUGAAGAAUGCACGAAAAGGCUGACUGAUCUGGGCCUCGAAUAUAAAGGCAAGCAUACACAUGAUAGUUUGCUCUUCAACCACUACGAGAUAUGGUUCGAGUUCAGGCGAUUUAAGGCUUAAAACAGCACAAGAUAGCAAUCAUUGAUCGUUCUUCUGACCAUGGUGGGAAGGGAGCAGGAAAUGUUGAUGAUGAACAAUAUUGCAGAGGAAGUUAGAACACUAUGCAGAGGUUCUGUUGAUCUUUUCUUACCCUUUGCAGGUUUUAUGUAUUAAUAGCUAUAUUCAAUUGUAUUCUUCAAUAUAUUUUCAAACAUAACCUCUGUUAAUGAAAUUAAUUUUGAAUGACAUGUGUA